AAACAUGCAAGACAAACAAUCAAGCGAGACAAAGGAGACAAGGCAGAGCAGUCAAUUCAAAUAAAAAUAAAUGACAAGUUAAAUGAAGAGUUAGCGAGAUUAGCACUCAUGUCAAACAAAGGAAUUAGGCCGUUAAAAAAUGAACGAAUAAAGGGUUAAGUCCAUAGAGGUCGAUGUGUGGUCCUAAAGCAAUCGCGUUUUUUUGUUCAUUUCGAUGGUCUCACAUUUAACAGUGGAAAUGCAGCUGUAUUGGAUGAACUGGUGCUGCUUUCAGACUAUAGACAUAGAGUGUUUUGCACUGUCUUCCUUUUUUUUUCAGGUGCAAUAGUUGUUCGUACAUGCCCAACAUACCUUCACAGAGCUGACUAUAGUUGCUGUCUGGACACUCCCACCAAGCUGUGUGUAUAAGAAGAGAAAUCAGUGGUGAUAAGUUUGAACAACUGGGCACUUCUUCAAAUGAACAUCCUCUUACUGGCAGAGACUUUGAAGCUGGAAAAUGGUGAAAUAUACAGUGACCGUACACACCGGCUAUCUUGCCGGAGGCAGCACAUUAAACAAUAUCAACAUUAAACUGGUGGGCACAGAUGGAGAGAGUGACCACAAAUGGCUCAAGCCCUGGAAAGGAGCUUUAACCUUCGUGAAGGGACUAAGCUCAUGGUUUUACGUGUGCUGCCCCACCUCCCUUGGAAAGCUGGUGCUGAUUGAAGUAGACAAACAGCAUCUCCCGCUGUUUCCAGACGACGCUUGGUUCGCUGCCAAGGUGGAAGUGAAAUCCCCAGAAGGAGACACGUACAUCUUUCCCAUCUACCGCUGGAUCACUGACAACAUAGUGCACCGAUUCAGAGAGGGAACAGCUCUGAGAGUCUUUGACGACACCCAUCAUCUUGGCAGGUACAGUCGAGAGCAGGAGCUGAAGCAGCGAGAGGAAGACUAUCGCUGGCAUGUAUAUGUGGAGGGACUACCCCACUGCAUUGAGGCAAAAGACCCUUCUUCACUGCCUUGUGAGGUCCGCUUCUCCUUCACCAAGACUACGGAGUUUGCCUUCACAGCAUCCACAGGACUGACAGAGCUGGCGCUGAAAGGAUUGACUUUGUCGAAGAAGCAGUGGACUAGUAUUGAUGCCAUCAGUCGGGUGUUUUGCAACAAACGGACUCCAAUAUCAGAGUAUGCCCAAAAACACUGGAAGGAGGAUGCUUUCUUCGGCUACCAGUAUCUAAAUGGUGUCAACCCCAUACUGAUCCGACGCUGUAAAGUCCUGCCCAGAAACUUUCCCAUUACUGUUGACAAGAUCUUCCUCCACAGUCACUGUAAACUGACUGAUGAAAUGCAGAAAGGCAACAUAUAUCUGUGUGACUACAAGCGUUUGGAUGGACUGGAAGCAAACACCAUCAAUGGGAAGAAGCAGUACUUGAUGGCUCCGCUCGUUCUGCUCCAGAAAACUCCUGAUGAUAAGCUGAUGCCAAUUGCCAUUCAGCUGAAGCAGAAUCCAGCAGAUGACAACCCGAUCUUUUAUCCUACUGACUCUGAGUACGACUGGUUGAUGGCAAAGAUUUUUGUGAGAAGUGCGGAUUUCAGUGAGCAUCAGCUCAACGUUCACCUGCUGCGCACUCACUUGCUGGCUGAAGUCUUUGCAGUGUCGCUGCUGCGCAAUGUGCCCAUGAUCCAUCCUCUGUACAAGCUUCUCAUCCCUCACACUCGCUACACUCUGCAGAUCAACUACUUAGCUCGGCUUCUUCUAAUAUCUGAGAGUGGAGUUUUCACUCAGUUUGCAGCUUCUGGUGGAGAGGCUAUGAUGACGAUCCUGAAAAGAUCUCUGUCUGAGAUUACCUACACCUCCCUCUGUAUACCAGAUGACAUUGCAGAGCGUGGUGUGGAGGAUGUGCCGAACUACUACUACAGAGACGAUGGACUCAAGCUAUGGGACGCCAUCUACAAGUGUGUGGAGGGGAUCCUUGGCCACUACUACAAGAGUGAUGCUGAGGUCCAGCAAGACACUGAACUGCAGAAGUGGACUUCAGACAUUUUUGAACAUGGAUUCCUGUCCCAAGCAAACACAGGGAUUCCACAGAGCCUCACCACUGUACCUGAGAUGGUCAAGUUUGUUACCAUGGCAAUCUUCACGGGCUCCGGCCAGCACUCAGCUGUGAACACUGGACAGUAUGACUACGGUGGCUGGAUGCCCAACACACCCAUCUCCCUGCAACUUCCCCCACCCACCACAAAGGGGACGACAAGCGAGGCCACGAUGCUGCAGACGUUCCCCGAUGUUAACACAACAGCUCAGGGCAUGUCCACCAUGUGGCUACUCAGCAAGCAGUCCAGCGACUUCGUUGCUCUCGGCCAGUACCCCGAGGACCAUUUCAGUGAGGAGGUUCCCUGCAAGAUGAUACAGAGCUUUCAAGGAGAGCUUGAAGUGUUGACCGCAGUGAUCAAAGCCAGAAACAAGGGUCUGGAGGUGCCAUACACAUACAUGGAUCCAAAGGAGGUAGAAAAUAGUGUGGCCAUUUAAGCAGUAAAAGGUGUGACCUCCAAUAAAAGUGACCAAAUUCAGCUUCAAACUAAAGAAACAGGCCACAGAGGAAGAACUGUAUGUUGUCAUUUUAACUGAUACUAAGCCACUGUUUGUGAUCCUUGCAUGCCGAUGUGUGUUUUGUAGGCAGGCUCAUAGAUUUAUCUGUAGUAUAAAAUGAUUGCUUCAUCCCGUAAUCCUGAAUCCUCUUCUUAGUUGAUCACUGAAUGUGGUAAACAUGGCACUGCUAGCAGAAAUCAGAUGUGAAAUAAGGGAUGUGAAUCUGCAGCAUAAAAAGUGCUCUUUUUUUUCAAGGAUGCUUUUUUUGUGAGGAAACUUUGCAUUUUUAUCUAUAUGUUUUUAUAAAUAAAAGAAGAAAGAAAUGAAAAUUUUCUGUAAUAUAUGUUUGUUCUCUUUUAGCAGGGGUGUCAAACUCAUUUUAGUUGAGGGGCGACAUUCAUCCCAAUUUGAUCUUAAGUGGGACAGACAAGUUAAAUCAGAGCAUAAUAACCUAUAAAUAACCACUACUCCAAAUGUUUUCUUUGUUUUAGUGCAAAGAAGUACAUUCUGAAAAUGUUCACAUUUAAUGAAUUCUCUUUUUUUUUUUACAAACGAUUAUGAACAACCUGAAAUUUCUGAAGAAAAAUAAGUUCAAUUUCAACAACAUUAGACCUCAGUUUAUCAUUUACACAUUACAACUUACAGGUCACAGAGUGUCUACAAAAGGAACAAAACAUUUAGUUACAGGUAUCUGGAAUUGAAUGAUAUAGUAUUUUACUUUAUGAUCAAAACAACGAGUCAGACAAAAAUAUAUUUAAAACUAGAAAAGCACUCGGAGAGCGCAUGCCUCCGCCAUGCCGUUUGUCUGUCUGUCCGUCUGUGUGUGUGUGUGUGUGUGUGUGUGUGUGUCUGUCUGUCUGUUUGUCUGUUAACAGCAUAACUCAAAAAGUUGUGGACGGAUUUUCACCAAAUCUUUACAGGAUGUCCGGAAGAGCAAGAGUAAGAAUCGAUUAGCUUUUGGAGGUGAUCCGAAUCACCGUCUGGAUCCAGGAAUUUUUUUGAAGGUCGAAGGACAAUUGGACAGAGACAUCCUUUAAAAAUUUGGUGAAAAUCCGUCCACAACUUUUUGAGUUAUGCUGUUGACAGACAAACAGACAGACACACACACACACACACACACACACACACACACACACACACAGAUGGACAGACAGACAAACAAACUCCGGUGAUUACAUAACCUCCUGGCGGAGGUAAAAAUUUGACUAAAAAGUAACCAAAAAUGGACAAAUGACACAAAUUAGACAAAAAAUGACAAAAGCCAGAAAUAAAACGACAAAGAAUAGACAAACAACACAAGCAUGAUAAAUAAAAACGCAAAACGACAAAAAUGACACACAAAACAGCAAAUAAAGCGAAACAGAAAAUGAGAAAAAUAAGACAAAAAACAUACACGAAGCAAAAAAGAAAACCACGAAGCGACAAAAAGCAAAACAAAUUGACAAAAACGAGGAACAGAACUACAAAAAUACGAGACAAAUGACAACAAAACAGACAAAAAAGACACAAAAAACUAAAAAAUAAGACAAAAUAUUACAAAAACGAGACAGAAAAUGACAACAGAACAAUCUACUAUUUUACUUUUUGAUCAAAACAACUUGUCAGAAAUUACUUUACAUUUAUAGUUUUAAAAAUCUACAAGUUAAUGUCUUCUCUGUAAUUUUUACACUUCACAAAGUCCUGCUGUGAGCUGGAUUGGACCCUCUGGAGGGCCGUUUUUGGCCCGCUGGCCGCAUGUUUGACACCCCUGUCAUAUAACACUGCACUAAUAAACUGAGCUAAACUUUGA